UUCUUUUUCCCUUCGUCGCGUCUCGCCUCUCUGCCGCGCCAUUUGUAGAUAUUUUCACGAAGAAGAGAGAGAGAGAGGGAAACUCCAAAUCUAGACGUACGCAUAUGCAUAUAUAUAGACAUAUAGAGGCGCACGCAAACGUGUAUGUGUAGAGAGAGGGGGAGAUGAAGGCGGUUUUGUUUUGGUUUUUGUGUAGCUCUGCAAUUAACUGAAAGAACAUGAAUUGGAGCAAGCUGGUAUAGAUUUUCCUUCUCAUUUCCGGAUUUCUCUCACUUUUGGUUCUGCAUCCGAAGAAUUCUGGUGGAAAAUUGAGGUGGAAAGCCAAAAUUAAUGCUAGAAUUGUUGCCAUAUAUGUCUCCGCAAAACCCCCAAUUUUUUUUCUAAACCCCCUCCCUCUCUCUCUGUGGUGUGAUGUGACGGCAGCAAAAUGAGAAUUUGCUUGGAGUUUUAAGCUGAAAGGAGUGAAAAAGAUUGAUUGAGAGAGUUGGAGAGCUGAGAAUUCUUCGAAUUGAGCGAGUUGUCUUUUUCUUUUUGAGUAAUUGGCAUCGAGAAUGGGAAAGCUGAGCUCGGAUAUCGACGUUUCGGCUCCUCCUCCGGCUGAUCCGGCGUUGAUCAGUGAUGAGUGUUUGUCUGCGGCGGAGCAGGUGCUGAAUUGCGUUCACCCCACACUCGACUCGGAGGAGAAGAGGAGAGACGUCGUUGAGUUCGUUCAGCAGCUCGUCAAGACUCGUUUGAAUUGCGAGGUUGUUCUGUAUGGGUCAGUGCCACUGAAGACGUACCUACCGGAUGGUGAUAUUGAUCUGACCAUCCUAAAGGGUCCGAAUGCGGAGGAGUCUUUGCCCCAUGACAUUCUCACUCUUUUAGAGGCUGAAGAGCAGAAUGAAGAUGUUGAGUACCGAGUAAAGGACACUCAAUUUAUUGAUGCUGAGGUCAAACUUGUUAAAUGCUUUGUGCAGAACAUUGUGGUCGAUGUAACCUUUAAUCAGCUAGGUGGACUUUCGACACUCUGUUUUAUUGAGCAGGUGGAUCGUCUCAUUGGGAGAAAUCAUGUCUUUAAACGCAGUAUUAUCCUGGUUAAGGCUUGGUGCUAUUACGAGAGUCGUAUACUUGGGGCACACCAUGGGUUAAUUUCGACAUAUGCUUUGGAAAUUCUUGUCUUGUACAUAUUCCAUUUCUUCCAUUCAUCGUUAAGCAGUCCUUUAUCGGUUCUCUAUAGAUUUCUCGACUACUACAGUCAGUUCGAUUGGGAUAAUUAUUGCAUCAGUUUGAGAGGUCCAGUUCAUAGAUCAUCCCUACCUGAAAUAGUGGUGAAGAUGCCUGAACACCGGUGCAAACGUCUGUUGCUUACUGAAGAAUUCUUGAACAGAUCCAUGGAACUGUUUUCAGUUCCUUCUAGGGGACUUGAUGCAAACCUGAAAACAUUUCAGCCAAAACAUCUGAAUAUUAUCGACCCACUGAAGGAAAACAAUAAUCUCGGGCGCAGCGUACACAGAGGCAAUUUCUACCGCAUAAGGAGCGCAUUGAAGUAUGGUGCUCACAAGCUCGGUCAGAUUCUUGCACGCCCAAGAUGUGAAGUUGGGGAUGAAAUCCGUAAGUUUUUCUCUAAUACCCGCGCAAGGCAUGAGCAUCAACAUAGAAGUGGCCAUGGAACUCUGGCACUAGAAUUUAGCGAUGAAGAGUCGUUGACUGCAUCUUUAUCAUCCCCGAUUGAACUGUUAUCUGACGCCGACGACAUGCUUGCAAAGUCCUCCAUCAGUGAUUUUGAGGACGAAAGUAUCUCUGCUGAACAUACAUCUGUUUUAGAGCCUAGAGGUGGGCUAGAUAGACACUCGAGGAAGGAAGUUUCUUCUGGUAUGACAUCUGAAGAUUGCGAUUCAAGGAACAGCAGGCCAGAUUAUGCAUUAAGCCACAGUAAUGACGGAUCUUUGCCCGAGAAUCAUUUCCACAAACUGCACUAUCUCGCCUCAAGAUCAUCUGCAGAAAGUAGAAUCUCGGAGGGGUUUGGCUUCAAUCCUUGGUUGAAGAACAGAGAAGAACACGUUCAAAUGGAUAAUACGUUUCAAUGGUGUAUGGACAACCACGAAGCUGCCUGCAGCUGCAUUACUGGUUCUAAUUCGACUUCAAAGGCAAGCGUUAUUGAAACUCCAUCUCUUGAUUUUAGAGAACUAGACUCUGCAAGUGUGGGAGGCGAAUCAGAAGCUUUCAAUCCACUAGCUGAUCUAACUGGAGACUACGACAGCAACAUCAGGAGCUUGCUUCGCGCCCAGCUCUGCCAUGGGUUUACGUUAUCUGCAGCAUCUGCCAAAAAUCCUUCAUCACCAUCACCCGCUUCAGAUAUUCAGGAAAGGCCAUGGGAAAUUGUUCGUAAAUCAAUAAUGCUCGAGGAGGAGGAGUUCCCCAAAAUAGAUUUACACUUCAUGCCCACAGACCACUUUAUGUAUGCUAACUUUGAAGGGACAGACAAAUCUCGAGGACUUGGCACCUACUUCCCCUAUAUGAGUACUUACUACAUGGAGAGGCCUUCCCACUGGAGGGGAAGGAGUAAUUUCCCAGGUAUACAAAACCACCACAAAUACGGCCUUAGCAACGGCUCAAAACCUUCUGUCAACUCACAUUUUUCCAUAAACGGUAACCAUGACGUUCUGCCCACACCAAGAGGACAGUCGGGAGAAAGAAAGAGAUCAGAUGUGAAUUGCCAAUCUCCCCGUGCAGCCGGAGGCGGGAAACCGAUCAACGGGCGUAUAACCACAUCAUGCACAAUCGAGUUUGGCUCCGUUGGGAACCUUGCAGAACAGGUCAUAUCAAGCUGCGCCUCAACGGAACCAGAUGGAGGAAGGGUUGCAGGGCGGGCGAUCCACCUGAAGAAUGAAGACGAGUUCCCUCCACUGUCUCUGUAAACUGAAGGUCGUCGUUCAACUUGUACAGUAGAGGCGAUGGAGGCGAUGUGGAUUCAGACACUAACAAAAACGGCUUGACUUUUAGGCAGCCAUAACCGCUUGUAUCUCAGGUCCUGUUACGAUACUUACGGGACGUGAUACUGUGGUAGAGCGUUCGGGUUCAGUUGUUUGAACCUAGCUCAGUCGAGCCAUCGUUUCCGAUGAACUAAGCCCAGGUUUGGUGGUGAACAAUCAUUCAUACACCAACUCCUAAUUUCUUGUUGACUGGAAAUUUGGUGUUCGAAUCUAUCUAUCUAUUUAUCAAAGAGGCAGUUUUCAGUCACCAAUCUCGAGACGGGGAAAAUUAUCCCCUCUGGUCUCGGCUCAUUAGAAUUACCAUUGGCGGACAAGGAACGUCCAACAACUUCACGGGGUUCGUCCUCCACCAUCGACCACAACCGUGUUAGGAUCUAAGCUUGACGGGUUAAUCAGAGCAACGUUCAUGUAUUUUGAACCAAUUAACCCUAUUCCGAUAAAAAACUAAGGUCAUGAUCAUAAUAAGUUCUUGCACAUGAACACGAACACAAACGCACACGUAGUAUUUCAUCAGAUGUAGCAUCGAGACGACGGGUCGAGGGGGCCAACGCCCUACGCCUAUGUGUUGUAGUAGCAUUUUUCCUAAUAUUUUUUGAAGGGUGAUGAACCAUAA